AUGGAUAGAAAAAAGUAUCCAAUUGGCGUUGAACAUUACACCCUUUACGAAGAGGUUGGAACAGGGGUGAGCGCUUCCGUCCACCGGGCUCUAUGUAUUCCGUACAAUGAGAUCGUUGCCAUCAAAAUUCUCGACUUCGAACGGGACAAUUGUGAUCUGAAUAAUAUAUCUCGAGAAGCUCAAACGAUGGUGUUAGUUGACCAUCCAAACGUUCUUAAGUCACACUGCUCCUUUGUUAGUGAUCAUACUUUAUGGGUUGUAAUGCCUUAUAUGGCUGGGGGUUCAUGUCUUCACAUAUUAAAGGCAGUACAUCCUGAUGGAUUUGAGGAGGUGGUUAUUGCAACUGUGCUUCGUGAAGUUUUAAAGGGUUUGGAUUACCUCCAUAGUCACGGGCACAUUCAUCGUGAUGUAAAGGCUGGAAAUAUUCUCCUUGAUUCUCGUGGGGGAAUCAAGUUGGGAGAUUUUGGAGUCUCUGCUUGCUUAUUUGAUUCAGGUGAUAGGCAACGCAUGAGGAAUACAUUUGUCGGGACUCCUUGUUGGAUGGCGCCUGAGGUUAUGGAGCAAUUGCAUGGUUAUGAUUUCAAAGCUGAUAUUUGGUCAUUUGGUAUAACUGCUUUGGAGCUUGCUCAUGGACAUGCUCCUUUCUCAAAAUACCCACCAAUGAAGGUUUUGCUUAUGACUUUGCAAAAUGCACCCCCUGGUCUUGAUUACGAGAGAGACAAAAAAUUCUCAAAGUCUUUUAAGCAGAUGAUUGCUAGUUGUUUGGUAAAAGAUCCAACCAAACGACCAUCAGCCAAAAAGUUAUUGAAACAUCCUUUUUUCAAACAAGCUAGGUCAAAUGAUUAUAUUGCAAGAACACUCUUGGACGGUCUUCCUGCUCUUGGUGAUAGGCUUCAGGCACUAAAGAUAAAGGAACAAGAUAUGCUAGCACAAAAGAAAAUACCAGAUGGCCAGAAAGAAGAAAUGUCACAGAAUGAAUAUAAACGUGGUAUUAGCGGUUGGAACUUUGACCUUGAAGACAUGAAGGCUCAGGCUUCCUUGAUCCAAGAUGAAGAUACCAUCUCUGAAAAAGGAAGUUCAAGUUCUAUCUCGAGUCUUGAUGCACAUGGCAAACAGUUCCAACGACAAUCGUCUUCUGCCAGCCAGUAUCAACGUCAAUUAUCCUCAGCAAGCCAAUAUUCAGACCCUGCUGAUCUAGAUGAAAGUAAUCAACAUGCUCAUUCCUUGGUUGAUUAUACAGCAGCUCAUAACAUAGCCAAAAGGGGAGAAUCCGAUGAUGAUGCAAGCAUUUCUAGUUCAAUACAUGACCAUCAAAAUGACUUUCGUAUUGAAUCUAACCAUUUGGGGAAACCAGAACCGGAGGCCAAUGGAAAGUUAUUGGACAAUUUGGCUUCAAAUUCUCAUCUUAGUUGUCUCUUAUUGAUAAUCUUCAUCAAUCUAAUGAUGUGCAUUCGGAGACCAGCUCUAAAGCUUCCAAACAAUCAGGCAAUGGGGAAUAAUGAUGAACUAGAUGAGAAAACAAAAAUUCAUAUUGUACAGCAAAAAGGACGUUUCAAGGUUACAUCAGAAAAUGUGGACUUUGAAAAGGUUUCUCCUUCGCCAAUUCUACAAAAAAGCCAUAGCAUGCAGGUGAUUUCCCAAGCCCAAUACCCAGGUGUAUCUGUUCCAGUUGUUCAAACUGAGCCUAUGGUUGCUACACCAGCAAAUACCGUUGCCAACCAUUGUAUGUAUCCAAUGUUGCAAUCUGUUUUGCAAGCAAAUAUUGUCCAAAGGGAGAGUAUUUUGGGUCUUAUGAGGCAACUGUGUAUUGGGGAAACCACAGAUGGAGGAUCGACGACAGCAAAUCCAAUAGUAGAUAAAUCACCGCUGGAAGCGGCUCACGAUCGGGAAAAGGAAUUGCUUCGGGAAGUUACGGAUUUGCAAUGGAGGCUUAUAUGUGCCCGAGAAGAGCUUCAAAAGUACAAAACAGAACAUGCACACGACUGA